CUGUUCGGGAUACCUUGCUGGAUCCUGCCAGUGAUUUCUGGCUGCAUAUGGCUUUCCGCGCUGAUCAGCAUGCUCAUCGUUUGGGUAGCGCAAGGCAGUCCUAUACUACCAAGUCUUUCUCCUGGUCAACGUCUAGCAUACAUCUCUGACAUCGCGAGCACCACGUGGGGCAAACCACUUUUUAUCGCGAGUUCGGACGUCACUGUGUUCAUCUUCGGUCUUGCCUUCGCUGCAGAACGAUGGCUAAGGCAUAGAGGGCUUCUUCUACACGUCUCCAGUCAUGGAUCGACGAUACUCUCAUGGUGCGCGACCAUAUCGACCAUUAUCGGCGCUUUUGGCGCUAUCAUGCUCACGGCCUUUGACAAGAAGAAUCAUAAAAUGGUACACUAUUGCAUGGUUGGUGUGUUCAUCAAUGGCUACGUCUUCGCCGCUAUCUUCAUGGCCAUCGAAAAGCGCCGCCUGAGCAAGAAAUUUCCUUGCAACAAGUACAUAUCUUGGUCCUGGAAGAUCAAAGCCUUCUUCGCUGCCCUCGAAUCCGUCCUCACCUGCUUCUUCGUUGCGCUGGCGUGGAGCGGAUACCCAAACCAAAGCGCAAUCACUGAAUGGUGCAUUGCACCUCUGUUCUGCAUCUACAUGUGCAGCUUCGCCAUGGACUUCCUGCCG